CCCCCCACGUCGCACUCCCCCUCCCCGCUCCCGAGUGGAUCUGGAUCGGGGGCAGAUGGCCCCGCUGCCGCCGCCUGACGCCCCGCACCACGCCGGCGCCCCUCGUGAUGCCACCUCACCACCGGUCGCCAUCAUCCUCCCCGCGCCACACCGCGCUCGUCAAGCAGCCCCUUCGUCUCCUUCCGCUACGGUCAUCGGAGCGCCCAGCACGAGCCGUCGUCGUCAACCCACCUCCUGCUGCUCCGACGCCAUCUGUCCUCCCCAAGCAUGCUGCCUAACCCUACAGCCGAGACACACCGAGAUCGACGUCGCUGCUACCCAGUACGACUACGGUGUUGACGACCCCUCUCUCUUGCCAGAGCAACCAGACGAUGAAGCCCAGGAGCCAGACGCCACUGUCGAUGACGACGACUACUACUCGGGAGUUGCCUACUAGUCCGUGCAGCCCGCUGACUAUGACCAGGAGUAGUUUAGGAGGAUCCCAGGCAGGAGGCCUGCGCCUCUUUCGAUCUGUACCACAGUUUGUGCCAGCCUUCUUAAGGCAAACUUGUUUAACUUAUGUCUGUACUCAGAUAUUGUUGCUUCCACUGUCUCGUCUAUGAUCGAGCUCUUGUAUUCGAGCUCUCGAGGCCCCUGGCUUGUAAUAUGAUGCUUGUAUGACUUAUUUUAUUUGUAGAGUU